AGCGUGCUAAGGAUAGGGCCGUAAUUCCCCUGUUUUCAUUGAGAACAUUGUUGAUGUUAUGACUUUCAUUUCUCUAAUAGAAUCCUUCAAAAGUGGACGAUUGUUGAAUGCUCUAAAGCGACAUUGGCUCCGGUAUUUAUUGUUUUCCUAAGAAAGGAAUGACGUUGCCCUGUGCAUGGAGGGAUUUGAGUUGUAGUAAAGAACUUAACGGGAUUAAUUCCAUUCAAAUCGAUGAUUUGUAAAGACACGUUAAUAGAUAGUUUUAUUGAAAAAGCGUGAGAGAGCACGAUCAUUUUUUGUGAGUGUAUUUUAUAUCGAAACUAUAUUGCGUACGUUUAUACCUACCAAGGAAACAUACACUCGAUUUUUUAAAAUACAUUUAAAAACCAAGGUGCAACUUGUGGCGGAACUAAAUGCUGUUUUUAGACGAUUUACUAAAUAUUCAAUGUAGACUUAAAUAUUUUGAAAAACGUUUGACGGUAUCGGAAAGUUUAUCGGUGGGUAGCAUCUUGCAGACAUUUUGAUUGUAUUGAAAAAUCGACAACGGAGGUCUCCGAUAACAACCGAUUUCCAAUUGAUCGGCAAAUCCUUGUGACCAAAAAUGGGAAAUAUAUUUCAAUUACCUCCGUCAUUUAAUUAAUUUAUGGUUUUUCGUCCGGUAUUUAUUUGAAAGAGGAUAUUGCCAGGCGGAUUUUUAACAUUGAUUCUGGGCAAAUGAAACGAAAACCGUACGUUUCUUAUAUAGCCGAAGCGAUGUUUUAAUAUUUUCUUAAUGAACUGGAUGCAAAGGAAAGUAGCAGAGACUGUGUAUAAGAAAAUCUUGGAUCGUUACCUUGGUAACGGGUGAUUAUAGUGAUAUUUAUUACCUAAAGACAGAAACAAUAUGUCGGACUUGGAAAUCGCGGAGGAUUCUGAGAGGAUGUUAAAGGUGGUGAAAGAUGCAACAGACAACAAAAGCUUCUACGACACCAUGGAACGGAACCGUGAACACGACGGAGAGGAGGAGAAAGAGGAGAAGGAUCUUCCUCCCGUCUUCAACAAGCGCCUCUUCGUCACACAGGGAGCGGUCAUCAUCACCAAGGAGGCAAGGCGUAUCAUGGCGCAAAACGCCAGAUGUUCCCCGGAUCAGGACCCCUCUUUAACGAAGUCAGAGAUGUUGACAAUGCGUUCAGUUGUUGAGGGACUGAAGCUGAUUCAUAAAGGACAAGAUUACAUCAAAAACGUAUUGUCUCGAUGCGUGACCUUAGAGAACUAUAACGCGUUUCAAUACGUGAAGAAAAAGCCCUGGGAGGACACACUGUCUUGUUAUUACGUCGUACACGGCGCGGUGGAAGUGACGUAUGACAUGUCCGGGGCGGGGCAGUCGUCCUCUCGGAACGUUUACCAACCGAACAUCAUCUAUAGUCAUGGCACUGCGGAAUACCUUGGGAUUGUUAGUGCAGAGGGGCGGGAUGAGGACAUUGCUCCUCCAGCGACCGUGUACACGAAGGAGCAGUGUGAAUUCAUUCGUAUUGACAGAGACAGAUUCCAUAGACUGAUCGAAGUGGAAGAAACGAUAUUAAAAAAUGAGAUUCAACGUUAUUUCAAAUCAGGGUCUAGCAUUCUUUCAAUACUUGCCGAUGACGUGCAAGCAAAAAUUCUACAAAUGAUCCAAAAACACGAGUAUCCACCCAACAAAACGUUGUUAGAGCAGGGCGAGGAGACGGAGUACCUUUACGUCAUAGUAUCAGGUCGGGUUCAGUGUUAUCGAGAGGUGUACAUUCCUGAAGCGGAUCGCAGCAUAACAUUCUACGUCUGCUGUAGGGAGAAGGACGACUUUUUUGGCGAGGAGGGUGUACUGGACCAUGACGGAAGUUACUGUAAGAUCACCACCACCACCCCCACCGUGUGUUACAGGUUCCACAGAACUGCGCUUAAAAUAGUAAACUCAGAGAAACUGGAACGAGUGCUUCAAGAGAACCGCCAUGAUUUUGUCAGCGAGGAGGAACUUCGAGACCGAGGCUACAAAAACCAUGUCUGGAACAACUACAAACACAACAGGAUCAAAGAGUCUCUCAAAGAAAAGGGCAAGCUGAAAUACAUGUGUAAAAUGAAGGAACACCCAGUGGCUGACAGACCGCCGACCGAGGAAGAGCAGACGACCGAGAAUAUGUAUCGAUUCGUCCUGAAAGGCAGCAAGUUCACCCCACUUCAAGUUCGACCUUUGUCCUUCCAUUCCCAAAGGUCAAGGCCACACACUGCCCCGGCACAUUUUCACAAAAAGACGUCACCUGAGCUUGAUGAACCUAGCGAAAGCGAAUCAGAUUCUGAAUCAGAAGACGAAGAGACUAAAAACAAACAGCUGAUGACAUCAAAAUUAGCCAAAACCCUAGAUGAAUUAUGUACAAAAGAGGAAAAAUUAAUAUUUCUUAAACACAUAAAGAAGCGGACUCACGAAACAAGGAAUGGUCGGAGAACUCGAGCUAACUUAGAUGCGGAUAGUAUUAUGAAUAUCAUGGACGAAAACAGCGAAAUAGGACGUCAUCUGAAGAAAGCUUGGGAAACACAAGAUGUGGAACAACCGGAACAAGAAUCCUUUAUGAAAAAUGGGAUUCUUGCAAUCAUGGGUUCAGAUGACAUUGUGCGGAAAGCCAUGGCGAUGGCGGAUAAGGAAGUCUCUCACCAACGACGGCGUCGUUCUGCCAAAGAUGAUAAAGAAUGGAACACCGUAGUUCACGCAGAAAACAGCCAGGCCAAAUUCCUGGUAGCUGCCAACAAAAUGAGAAUAAAUCUUCUACGCAAGAACCUAGCGGCCAUUGACAAAGAACGGAAAUUAAACGCUCAAAAGAGAAUUCGCAUCAAUCGAAAGCCAUACACGACAGAAAGCAAAGAAAACGUGGAGAGUUCAAAACAGGUGAAAGUUAAAGGUUCCGAGAAAAAUAAUCACUCCCAAGGUCAAGGAGAUACUGAGAAAGAGGACGGCAAUGCAACCUUGUUUGUUUCACGAUCACAGAAAAGAUGGCGACCGUCAACUGUCAACAGUGAAGUAACCGAGGGCUCGCCUACACGUAACCAUGACAACACACCAACACGGGUAAAAUUAAGCAGACCUAGAAGUGCCAUUGUAACACACAAGGAAGCGACGUCAUAUAAUGACAAGCAGCAGACGACAAAACAUUAUAGAAGUUGUAGAAGCUUACACAACAGCUCAAAUAACGUGUCUGUUGUUCCUGUCAAGGGACUUAUUACAUCCCGCCCAAACAGCGCCUCUUCUCGCCCAAACAGCGUCAGGGGCGUCGGGCGCCAAGUGUUCAGUAACUAGUAUCUAUCUAAAGUGAUUGCUAUACUCAUCAGAGCUAUACACAAAGUUGUUACUUUAUUGUUGUUGAUAAAUAAAAAGAAAAUACAUUU